AUGGCCACAGAAGCUGCAAGCGAAAAGCUCUACCACGACAAGUUUGUGGACAUCUACUCCGAUCAUCUAUGCAUCAAGUCCUACUACUUCCCUUUUGGGAAGCAGAAAAGGAUCGAGAUCCCUUUCAACAACCAUGGAGAGCUCAGCUUCACCACUGACAGGGAUCUGGGGUUUACGCUGCUCGACUGGAAGGCUUGGGGCAGCUCCGUGAACAAAGUCUGGUGGGCACUGGAUUGGACCCGGCGCCCGCUUGGGAGUCAGCUCAGAGGUCCUCCUAGCGGUUGGAUGGGCAACGCCCCGUCCCCUUGGCCCGUGCAUCCCGGGCCACCGCCUGCUGGGUAUCCUCCGCCUCGGCCUCCCGAGUCGUGGAGGGGUCCCUACGCGGCAGGGCCGCCGCCCUCGCAUCCGCCGCCGCAGCCACGCAAAGGUCAGCGGCUGGAGCGGAACGAGAACGGCGGCGUGAGCAUCGUUGUGAUGCAGGUGCCUCCCGGCGUCAAUAAAAUGGACGUGCUGAAUGAAUACUUUGGCCGCUUCGGGCCGGUUUCUUCUCUGCAGAUCAACCAGGUGCGGCACGAGGCCAUCGUGACCUUUAGCCGGAUGGAAGACGCGGAGGAGGCCUUGCGGUAUCCCGUGCUCAACGACCCAAGCAUAGGCUUGAGACCGUGGCGGGCGAAGGCUGGUCAGCGGGCUCCGGACGAUGUGCCGGCUGAGGUGUCGCCCACCAUAGUAAAUGCACCCGUUGUGCCCAGUAUACCCAUCAUCGCCAGUGGCAACAUGACCUUGGAGUCCAACCGAGUGCUGGAAGCCAAGCGAAAACGAGAGGAGCUGCAGGAUCGCCGGAAGGCUUUGCUGUCGAGCCUCACGGAUCAGCUGAAGGCCGUGCUGGCCAGGAUCAGCGACCCGCAGACCUCGGAGCGAAAUAGGGAGCAGCUUCAGACCAUUUUGGCGAAUAUCAAAGACAAGAUCAAUGCGCUAACCCCGCCGCAAAAGGAGCAGGAGUUGGCCAAGCGGCGGCUGAUGCCUCCGGCUCGGCCCAUGGCUCCGUACCAGACGAAGCUGGACAACCGUCCAAGACCCGCCACGCUGCUUUUGUCCAAGCUUCCCGCAGAGAUGCAAGGUCCUGACGGGGAGGCUCAGUUGCGAGAUGCCCUUGGCGAAAGCAUCGACUGGAUCCGGGACUGGUCCGACGAUGGAUGCAGCUGCACCGUCCGCUUUCGCGAUCGACGGCAAGCCGAGGCGGCUGUGCAGGGCCAGAAACUCUGGGGCUACGUCGCCAGGAUCCAGGACGAGAUGCCGCCGCAGGCUCCUCACCCAUAUCGGCGGAAGAUGCCGACGCCUAGAUUUAAUCAGCCGCGGCACAUGCACAAGGUGUAUCGGCCUCCUCGCAUGGCCGAAGACAAAGUACCUGGCACUCCAGAGACAGAGGCCUUCGACUCUGACAUCGAAGACCCCGAGGUCCUCGCCUCGAUGCGUCCCGACGCGACUCUCCAGGAGGAGCUCAGAACGGCCAUGGGCGUCCCAGAGGCUGAUGAUGCAUUGGCCCCGGCGGCCAGCGACGCAGCCCCUGCGGAGGCCGAGGAAGCGGCCCCGAUAGCUGCAGAAGCAGCGGCGCCGGCCGAGGUGCAAGAGCCACCGGCGGCGGACGAGGGAGCUGCUGCCGCGGAUGCGGCACCGGUGGAGGAACCUCCGCCAGCAGGGGCCGAAGGCCUCGAGGCCCCAGCUGUGGAGGAGCCGCCCGCAGAUCCUGCCGCCCCAGCAGCAGAGGCGGCCGCGGACAAGGCGCCGACGAGCGAGGCGCCUGCGCUCGCCGAGGUCGGCGAAGCAGCAGCGCCGGCUGAAGGGGCCGGAGAAGUGCCCUGA